GUUGGGUGACCAUCUGGUUGUUUUUUAUGUACACACACACAUACCUCUCUCAUGUACUCAGACGUCCCCCUGACUUCUUACAGUCUGAGCUUUAGACAUGGGCUGGUGUUACGCUGACAGUUCUCUUGUCCUGGAUUCAGAACUCAAAGGAUCUUGCAUAGUUAUGGACCCCAGAGGCUGGAAGAGAGUCUAGGACUGGGUACUGGUGAUAAGAUCUGUUUCCUGAGUGCCUAAUGAGAGUUGGACUACCCUAAGGGUUCAGAGUCUGAUGAGCCUGGCGGGUGCAGUGGGACCAGUCGUCCGCCUCCAGCGUGGGACACACCAGCGGGACUUUAUGAUGGAGCAGAAAGUCAGUAAGCUAACUUCUGGCUUUCAGCGUAGCUCCACGUCCGAUGACGACUCGGGUUGUGCUCUGGAGGAGUACGCCUGGGUGCCGCCUGGCCUCAGACCCGAACAGGUGCAGUUAUAUUUCUCCUGUCUACCUGAGGAUAAGGUCCCCUAUGUGAACAGUCCUGGAGAGAAGUUCAGGAUCAAGCAGCUCCUCUACCAACUGCCGCCACAUGAUAACGAGGUUGGUUACUGCCAGUCCCUCAGUGAGGAAGAGAAGAAGGAGCUGCAGAUGUUCAGCCUCCAGAGGAAAAAGGAAGCACUGGGAAGGGGAGCUGUGAAACUGACGCCUCGCAACCUUCAAAACGGCAUUUGUGAGCACUGUGGAGACAACGUUAACGGUGGGGAAAUAGCAGUGUUUGCCUCAAGGGCGAGUCCUGGGCUGUGCUGGCACCCAGCAUGUUUUGCCUGCUCAACGUGCAAUGAACUGCUGGUGGAUUUGAUCUACUUUUACCACGACGGAAAGAUCCACUGUGGACGGCACCAUGCUGAGCUGCUCAAACCCCGCUGCUCGGCCUGUGACGAGAUCAUCUUUGCCGAUGAAUGCACAGAGGCAGAGGGCCGCCACUGGCACAUGAAGCACUUCUCCUGUUUUGAGUGUGAGAUCAUUCUUGGGGGGCAGCGUUACAUCAUGAAGGGCGGUAGACCCUACUGUUGUGGCUGCUUUGAGUCCCUCUAUGCAGAAUAUUGUGAAGCCUGUGGAGAACACAUUGGUGUCGAUCAUGCUCAGAUGACCUAUGAUGGACUCCACUGGCACGCCACCGAGAGCUGUUUCAGCUGCGGCCAGUGUAAGAGUUCUCUCAUUGGUUGCCCUUUCCUGCCACACCAGGGUCGCAUUUACUGCUCCAAGGCCUGCGCUCUUGGGGAAGACGUGCAUGCGUCCGACUCCUCAGACUCUGCCUUCCAGUCGGCGCGCUCCCGUGAAUCCCGCUGCAGCGUUCGGUUGGGCAAGAGUAGCCGCUCGGCCGACCAGUGCAGACAGUCGCUCCUCUUCUCCCCAUCCGUCAAUUAUAAAUUCCCUGGUAUUAGUGAAAAUGCUGAGGACACCUUGACCAAGAUGACCCACUUGAACUUAUCAGAGGAGCAUUUGUGGAGGGAGCGCGGAGAGGAGGCAGAGGUGCCGGACGACCAGGAGGAGGAGUGGGCUGAACAUGAAGACUACAUGACCCAGCUGUUAUUAAAGUUUGGCGAACAUGGAAUCUUCCAGCAAACUAGUGACUCUAGACCCACAGACUUCUGGAUAGCCGACAUGGAUGUCAAAUCAAAGCAGGAGUCAUCAAAAACUGGCAGCGGCGGAGGAGCAGGGAGGGGAGGCUUGGUCAGUAAGAAGUACCAGGCCGAGAUGUACCGGGCACAAUCACAGGAUGGCUUGGGGGACUCUGCAUAUGGCAGCCAUCCGGGACCGGCGAGCAGCAGAAAAAUCCAAGAGCUGGAGCUGGAUCAGAGCACAGGGGGAGGUCUACCCGGAGAGGAGACGCAGUGGUACACUAACUCUUUGGACUGCAUCACAACAGAGUUCAAGAAAACAGAUCAGAGUGUCCGGGACUCUGUAGAGUCUCUUGCUCUCUCCAAUAUUACUGGGGCUGCAGUGUGUGGAGAUUAUAAAGCAAGGCCUCAGGUGUAUUCCCUCCAGGCCCUUCAUGGCUUUGAGGCAGAAGACUGUGAUAAAACCAGCAACAUGGGUACCCUGAACUCAUCCAUGUUACAUAGAAGUGCAAAUUCCUUAAAAAGUCUGGAGGAGGAGGAAAAUGUCACUGAGGUAGCAGACGUCCCCUUGCAGGAAAGGCCCAAACCUCAUCUCCCCGCCCUGAGGAGGGCACGCUCGCAGUCUAGGCCCCAGCAAGUCAAGUUCUCGGACGAUGUUGUGGACAAUGGCCAUUACGGCGACCUUCCAUUGCGUCAGCCCCCUAUGAGUGAACGAACUCGUAGGAGAGUGUACCACUUUGACGACCAGGGGCACAACCUUCAAUCCGGUCGCCAUAAUCACCACCACAGGAGGCGUCGCAGUCGCAAGUCUCGGUCCGACAACGCUCUAAAUCUUCUACCCAAGGAGAGAGCACCAGUGUGCCAUAAGAUGGACCAUAGAGGCAGUUCGCUUGGACCAAAGGGGCACCAAGUUUUCCACGGUCACCCCAAUCCAGCUGCCAUGUCGGACUACAGACUACAGGGCCCGGCUAGGGGAAGCUUCUUGGGAUUGUACGGUGACGAUGACGACUGGUGCUCUACAUGUUCUUCUUCCUCCUCUGACUCAGACGAAGAAGGCUUUUUUCUGGGACAGCCUAUACCUCAGGCAAGACCUCGCAGAUAUUAUUACACUGACGACUUAGCCAGCCCCGUCGCUGGCAAGUCUACUCCUUACGACCAGUGGACCAAGUCCAAAAAGAAAAAAGGACGAAAAGGGAAAAACUGCAUCAUUUCAUAGGCUUUGUGGAAUGCUGUCACAUUUGUUUUUUGUUUUCUUCAACAAUUCACAGUACAAUAGUGGUUUGCUUGCUAUUCAAUGCCUCACAGCACUCACUCUACCAAGGUGGUUGUGUUGGACACUAUACGUCUGUGGCAUUACAAACAACCAGUAAAGUAUUUUAUAGUAAUACAUAUUUAUAACACACAAUCUAAAACAGUGCUUAUUUAAAAUGCUGUUGUGAUAUAUAAACUGCUGAACAGAAAAGGAGACGACUCAUGAUGGCCUUUGUAACAAAAUAGUAUAGAUCCCAAACUACUGGCCCCAUAGGUUCGGGUCCAUUUGAUGUGGAUUUAAUAAGUAGCCUGUGACUCUUCAAAUGUGUUGCUUCCAGGCUUGCGUGCCUAAUUCAAAAGCACUGUGUGUAUUACACUGCUUCACUGAGGAGUGUACCAAUGGUUUCAUUACCAGUUUUACCAUUCAAUGUAUACUGUAAAAAUGUACAAACCGGAAAAUAAGGCCAUAACUGGUAACAAUAAUAAAAUAUCGCUAUAUAAUGAUUUGUUUGUUGUUACAGAUAUAUUAAAUGUUACACUGUAAAGAAAAAAAA